UCUUUCGAUCGCUUCUUCCCUUUCCUCCCCAGAGAGAGGCAGCAGCAGCAGCAGCAGCAGCAGCCAUGCAGGGUCCCGAUCCGGAGGAAGGGCCUGUCCUGCCGGGGGAGUCCUCCCUUUGGGGCCCCCAGGAGGAGGAGGAGGAGGGGGCCAGGCCCCCCAGGGCCAAGGGGAGGCCCCAGGAGGAGGAAGACCAGGCCCCCUUUUCCCUGCGCUCCCUUCUGCCCUCCUGGCUGCGAUCCAACUCCCCCCAAGAGCAUCCCAACCACCAAGAGCCCUCCGGAAGCAGAAGCGGUUCAGCGGUAGACAGAGUGACUAUCUGUGAAAGCACAGGCUCUCUUGAGUCCAUCCUCCAGGUUCUGAGGGAGUCCUCGCACCCCAUGGUCAAGGAAUUUCUCCAGGCCCAGGAGACACAAUUCCGAAUCUUUGCCCACCUUCUUCACGAGAAUGAGCAGCUGAAAUGCAACUGGAAGGCCUCAGCGUUGCAGCCAUCAUCUGAGAGGCAGCAUUGGCAGCAGAGACAUACAGAGGAGGCACAAAUGUCUGAGAGGCAGCAUUGCCAGCAGAGAUACAAUGGGGAGGUGCAAAUAUUCCAGCCUCCGGGUGAGACUCAACCACCGCAGCAAGAGCAUUGGGAGACAAAGAAAAACCAUAAACCAGGAUUGCAGAAAUCAUCCCACCAAAAAUGGAGCUUUCCAUGGUCUAAUACAGACUUUCUGGUGCAAGUUUUGACUACUGGUAAGACUGGUGGCUGUGAAAAGCAGUUCUUAGAUGGUGUCUCUAAGCACCUGUCGUACCAUCGGAUCAACCUCCAGGUGGACAGUUACGAAGGAAACUCCAGCCGCUUCCUGUUGGUCUUCUGCCCCAUUGCUUCCCGGAUAGGCACCGACAUUGAAAACGCUCUUGAGGGGCUGAGCAGCAGUGUGUCGAAGACCCUCUUGGUUGUGCUGCACCACAAACCAAAGGACAGCCACCACCUCUUUGUGGACACCAAGCUCCAAGGACAGCACCGGGCUCUGGUGCGAACUGUCCAUGCCCGCUACACGGUUCAAGAUGGCCUCUACGCCUGCCAGAUGAACGAGGAGGCCAUGGCUGAUGUGGCCAAAGUCAUCAAGGAUCUCUCCAGAGAGGGAUGAGGGGAGGCCCAGCCAUGCCUGGCCCUCUGUUUCAAAAUCAUAAUGGAUGUGUUUGUGGAUUAGGGCUGUUAGUGAACUCCACCUAAACACUGGGAAGAACCUCCUGAGGGUAAGAGCUGCUAAAUUGUGGAAGGUGCUGCUGCCUCUCCUACUUUGGAGGCUAUUUUUAAGCAAAGGCUGGAUAUCCAUUGGUCACAGGGAGGGUUUGGGUUGUGUCUUCCUGCAUGGCAGAAUAAGGUAGGACUGGAUGAACUUUGGGGGUCCCUUCCAACUCCAGGAUUCUGCGGUUAAGUGAUAUUGCUGCAGUGCAUGCUGAGAGCCAGUUUGGGUGUUUAAGUGUUGAGUAAGACUUGGGUUCAAAUCUCUGCUCAACCUGAUAAAGUGGCUAUACAGAUUAGCCCAAAGGGGCAGUGAGACACCGCCUUUUUUUGCCCCAGAUUAGGGCCACGGCAACUGCAUGCCACAGCCCCGAUCCAGCCUUCGGAGGACGCAAAAAGAAGUGCCAAAAUGCCCUUCUUGCACCCUCUAAAGGGCACCAUGUCCACUGCAGCAUGGCAUGAUGACGCCCUUUUGGUGUUGCAUCGUGUAGAUGCAGCACCAGAGUGGCAUCAUCAUGGUGCGCGUCAUGUACAUGGGUGCGUGCGAAAAUGGCGUCAUGGGUGUGGGGUCAUGGCAUCGAGCAUGUAGGUGCUACGCUGUGACCAUCCACAGGCUGGCCUUUUGGGCCCAUCUGUAGAGGCUCAAAACUUCCUGGAUAACCUUUCUAGUGUCACUCAAUGGCAACGAGUGUGUAGCUCUCCCCAUCCCUAGUAUUACUUGCUUGUAGGGUACCUCCUCCAAGCUUGUAUUGCACAGCCAGAGGAAGGAGCAGCUUCUACCUCCCAACAACAAUGUCCUCUCAACAUUAUCAUAAUCCAAAGUAUUAUGGGGUUGGCCUGGCCUCAAGUUGGCAAGACCCAUUAGCUUUGCCAAAGACCUGCUCUUGGUGAAAAUGGAAAUGCCUGGAAAUUGAAACCAGUAGUGCUGCCUAUAUGUAUGUAUAGUGGAAGAGGUUAACCCACUCCCAGUGCUCCAGUACAAUCCAGCACUGGGAGGUCUGAGCAGAGUCCUUGUGGCAUCUUUUACAUUUGCAAGUCCCCUUAUAGAAGGAAUUAGAGACUGGUCUGAUGCACAAUGUCUGCAUUCUGUCCAGUUUUGCAGAAGCACAGUGGUGCAUGUAAAGGUGUGCACUCAGCCAAUGCCCGUCUGUCUGCCCUUGCUGAAAUUGGUAAUGAUAGUCCUUUUGGUUUUGGUUGCACAGCAUCCUCCUUCAACACAAGGGCCAAACAAUUCAAUCAGUGUGUGAACUCCAAGUGUAGAGAUUUCUGCUGUGCAACCAAUACAGGAUCUCUGUCUCUCUGUCAUGCCUCACACCGAAAACUCACUGCUGGAGUCACACACUUGUUCUUCUUGCAUGGGAAUGUCACAGAGGCUGCAUCUGCACUGCCAAAAUAAUCCAACUUUACACCACUUUAAUUGCCAUGGCUCUGUGCAAUGGAAUCCUGGGAGAUGUAGUCUUGUGAGACAUUUAGCCUUCUCUGUCAGAAAGCUCUGGUGCCACAACAAACUACAAUUCCCAGAAUUCCACCGCACUGGACCAUGGUAGUUAAAGUGUUGUCAAACUAGGAUUAUUUCUGCUGUGUGGAUGCAGCCAGACAAGCCAAUGAAGAGUGUUCAUAGACAAGUCAGACAUAAAGAGUGAAACCUGGCAUUUACUACAGAGACUGGAGUGUACUGUAAUUUUGUACUUAAGUUUUUUGUCUGCAUGUGCCUGAAUUCGAAUGGGUGGCUGUUGCCCAGUUUCUUCUAGGAGGCCACAGGUAGCUUUUAAAAUUCUUGCAUGGGUUUGGACCGAAGGAAGGAAGCGUAAAACAAUGUGUGACCCAAAGAAAAUAUUAAAUAAAGCUAAUAUUUAAGCAGUUGUGCUAAGAUAAAACGUUUUUCUCCAUUAAAUUUAAUCUAUAUACAUUCAAAUAGUUCAGGAUCACACCUGUCAGGUUCCUACCUGCUGCAAGGGUUUCUGAGCGUUCGUUUCAGAGGUGUUUUCCCCCAAAGCUUGGAAAAAUUAUCCUUUUGUUGUUGUUCUUUGGGUUUCCCCCCCGAAUAACUUUAUUGGUAUUUCAUUACAAACAGAAUCACAUUAUCAAAACAGAAUAUUCUUCCCUUGAAUGGUAUCGUGUCUAGUUCUUGCGUUUGCUAACCGAUUCCUUUUCCAUGAGUUUACACCGAUUCUCCAUUUCACAUUUUAAUCAUCAGCUAAGAUCUUCAACAAUAUUCUUUUUCAUCUGUAUUUCUUUAGUUAUUCAGUGUUGCUUUCUUCCCCUAAGAAUCCCUUCGCUGUUUUAUUCUUCCUUUCGUUUUUCAUUUGAGUCUUCCUAAACUUUACCAAGGUAUAAAACAGUUGUUUACCGUA